AUGGGUGGCAGAAGAACAAUUUCAAAGGCUUCAUUGGUAGCUAUUUUGUUUGUGGGUUUCAUCUGGUUUUUAUUUGUGGGGAUUUUAGGGAAGCAGGUAACCAAAACAAGUUCAAAUUCGAUAGCAGUUUCAUCAAAAGGGAAUUUCAAGCUCUUGAAGUUGAUAGGAACAGAGAGGCUUUCUGUUCAUCAGAAGUUUGAUCUAAAUUACGUGAGCAAGAGAAGAGUGCCUAAUGGUCCUGAUCCUCUUCACAACAGGAGAGCAGGGAAGUACAGACAACCACCUGAUCGAGCUUAA